AUGGCUUUUGACGUCGAUACCGUCUUCCCACAAUUGAAGCAAGCUGACAAGAUUGCUUUGCUGUCCGGCAUUGAUUUUUGGCACACUCACCCAAUUCCAGCACACAACGUGCCCUCAGUACGAUUCACUGACGGGCCAAAUGGCAUUCGUGGGACUAAGUUCUUCGCUGGUGUACCGGCCGCAUGUUUACCAUGUGGUACAGCGUUGGGAGCUACCUGGGACAAGGCCCUGUUGAGACAAGCAGGAAAGCUGCUUGGAGAUGAAUGCAUUGCCAAAGGCGCUCAUGGAUGGUUGGGUCCUACAGUCAACAUGCAAAGAUCACCACUCGGCGGCCGUGGAUUCGAAUCGUUCUCAGAGGAUCCCCAUCUUGCUGGAACAAUCGCCGCUUCCAUGAUUCUGGGUUGCGAAAGCACCGGUGUCAUCUCUACAGUCAAGCACUUUAUUGGAAACGAUCAAGAACACGAGCGACGAGCUGUGGACUGUCUGAUUGCUCCUCGUGCCUUUCGAGAAGUGUACCUACGCCCAUUUCAAAUAGUAGCUCGGGAUGCCAAUCCUGGAGCACUGAUGACAUCGUACAACAAGAUCAAUGGCCGCCACGUCGUGGACAACGCAGAAAUGCUCCAGGGCAUUGUUCGAGACGAAUGGAAGUGGGAUCCACUAAUCGUCAGCGACUGGUAUGGGACAUAUACGACCAUUGACGCCAUGGUGGCAGGUCUCGAUCUCGAAAUGCCUGGCGUUUCACGCUAUCGAGGCAAAUAUAUUGAAUCUGCAGUUCAGGCACGCCUGAUCAAACAAUCGACGAUAGAUGCACGCGCCCGCCGCGUCCUUAAGUUCGUCCACAGAGCCAGUCAGGUCAAGGUUUCCGAAGAACAAGUAGGACGUAAUUACCCUGAAGACCGUGCCCUGAACCGUCUUGUCUCCUCGAACAGUAUUGUUCUACUCAAAAAUGACAGCUCAAUUUUGCCUCUCCCCAAAACACUGAAAAAGAUCGCCCUGAUUGGAUCUCAUGUUAAGAUGCCGGCGAUUUCUGGCGGGGGAAGCGCGACCCUACUUCCGUAUUACACAGUAUCUCUACACGAUGCCGUCACCGAAGCCGUACCAGAAGCCACGAUCACGCACGAGGUCGGUGCGUACGCCCACAACAUGCUCCCUGCUAUCGACUCAUUGUUACAUAAUGCGGUGAUUAACUUCUACAAUGAACCUCCAAAAGUCACAGAUCGAAAGUUACUUGGUAUCGAACAUGUCACAUCGGCAACAUUCCAGUUAAUGGACUACAACGGAAUCCCAGCGCUGAAUAGAGCCCUAUUCUGGGGCUCGUUGGUCGGAGAGUUUAUCCCAGACGCUACUGGCACGUGGGACUUCGGUCUCACUGUAUUUGGCACUGCUAAUCUAUACCUCGACGACGAGCUCAUAAUCGAAAACACCAUUCAUCAGACACGAGGCACUGCAUUCUUUGGUAAAGGAACGACGGAGAAAUUCGGCUCAAGAGUUUUAGAAGCCGGCAAGUCCUACAACAUACGGAUCGAAUUUGGAAACGCGAAUACGACAACCAUGGAAACCAUCGGCAUGGUAAAUUUUGGCGGUGGCGCCGCACAUCUCGGAGCGUGCUUGCGGCUAGGCCCCGAUGAAAUGAUUGAACGGGCGGUGCAAGCAGCUAAAGACGCGGAGCAAACGAUCAUCUGCACUGGAUUGAGUGGCGAGUGGGAGUCCGAAGGCUUCGACCGUCCACACAUGGACCUCCCCCCUGGGAUUGACGAGAUGAUCAGCCAAGUCAUCGCAGUGGCCCCAACUGCCGUGAUUAUCAACCAGUCGGGCACGCCGAUCACGAUGCCCUGGGCGGACCAGGCUAAAUGCAUUGUGCAAGCAUGGUACGGAGGCAACGAGGCUGGCCACGGCAUGAGCGACGUCCUCUUUGGCGAUGUCAACCCUAGCGGGAAGCUGCCCUUGUCGUGGCCUGUCAGCGUCAAGCAUAACCCAGCAUAUCUCAACUACGCCAGCGUCGGUGGCCGUGUCCUCUACGGAGAAGACGUUUACGUCGGCUACAAGUUCUACGAGAAGACGGACCGAGAAGUCCUCUUUCCAUUCGGGCAAGUAACGCCGCCUUCCUCCUUCCUUCUCCAACACGGACUUUCAUACACGACCUUCGCACUCACCAGCCCCGAAGUGCAGGUCGACCCCGUGGAGUUCGCGCCCGAGAACCCAAGUGUAGCAAUCAUCAAGAUCAAGAAUACCGGCCCCGUCGCCGGCCAGCAAGUCGUGCAACUGUACGUCGCCGCGCCAUCAUCACCGACUCCGCGGCCGGUGAAAGAGCUGCACGGAUUCGAGAAGAUUGUUUUGCAACCUGGCGAGGAAAAAGAGGUUACCAUCGCGGUGGACAAGUACGCCACCAGCUUCUGGGACGAGAUCGAGAGCAUGUGGAAGAGCGAGGCCGGCACCUAUGAGGUACUGGUCGGCACGUCGUCGCAGGAGAUCCUUGGGAAGGGCACGCUCGUCGUGCCUGAGACGAGGUAUUGGCUGGGUCUUUAG